CAGGCUUUGAUGCACCCUCAGGAAGUCUGUGCGCUCAAGGAGGCCACCCCCGCCGGCUGCUGCUCACAUGGUUUCUGGGCCCCUGGCACUCCGCAACGCUUCUGACCAGAAGAAAAAGGCCAACCCCAGAGGUGCAGCUGGUGAUGUCGGCUGGAGGCGGGAGAAUCCCAAGUCAUCCUUGGCUACACAGGUCCGCACGUAGCCUUGGCUAGCUUCAAACUCCCUAAGUAGCAAAGGAUGACCUUGAACUCCUGAUCUUCGCGUCCUUCACACCCCAAGCGGUACAAUUACAGCCGUGGGUAAACAAGCUUGGCUUUGGAGACCUGAAUUGGUCGGGCGUGACCGGCUCAGUCCGCCGGGCUCCGGCUCCGGCGCCCCCUUCUGCCUAUUGUGACGCGGGCCACCAGGUCGCCCAGGCCGCAGAGGUCCGGGUGGAGCUCUGGAGCCAUGGCUGAGCCGCAGGAGCAGCUGCUGCAGCUGCAGAAGGACAACCGAGAUGGCCGCCUGCGGAAGCAGGAGCUGGAGGAGCUGGUGCGGGGGCUGGAGGCGGAGAGCGAGAGCCUCACCGGGCGCCUGGACGAGCUGCGGGAGCGCGAGCGCAGCCUGCAGCGGAGGCGAAGUCAGGCGGCGCGAGCUAUUCGAGGGGAGGCGCGCGAGGCGGCGCGGGAGCGUGCGGAGCGGGCUCGCGGGCUGCUGGAGGCCGCGGAGCAGCACCGGCAGGAGCUGGAGCAACACAAUCGGAAGCUGCAGGAACAGUGGGAGGAACUGUCCAGCCAGCUUUUCUACUACGGAGGGGAACAGCUGAGUCAACAGCGAGCGGAGCAGCAACUCGGGACUCAGCUUGUGGCGCUGCAGAAACAUCUGGAGCUGGCGGAGGCCAAAUUCAGCAUGCAGGCAGAGGACCUGCGGCAGGGUGCGCAGCGGACGGAAGAGGCCUGGGCCAGCUUCCAGGAGCAGAGUGGAGUCCUGCAGGAGCUGCAGGGGAAAGUGAUGGAGGCAGCGGCUGCGCUGGAGGCCACGCGCGGUGGCUCAGAACCGUGGAACUCACAGCCUCGUCGGGUGCAGGACUGCGCGGGUUCACUCAUGGAGGAGGUGGCCAGGGCUGACUGCGAAAAGCGACUGUUCGGCGGCGCGGGCGCGGGGAGCCUCAGGCUGUGGGCGCUGAGCGCACUGCAGACACUGCUGCUGCUCCCGCUGGGUUUCCUGGUGCUGCCGCUGAUCUACGUGGUGCUGGCGAAGCCUGACGCCAUCGGGCCGGGGCUCCAGAGUCUCGGCUCCGACGCUGUCUUCCGCCGGCUGCGCUACACGCUGUCGCCUUUGCUUGAGCUGCGUGCGCGCGGACUGCUGCCUGCCUAGGGCGCAUCAUGCCGGCUGCGGCCGCCUGUACCUCUGUCUCCUUUGUGUUUUCUGGGUGCCUGCUUGUAUGAAAAAGGGCGGGGGUGAAGUUCGUGUGUUCCGAUGGGUCCCGUGACCUCUGUCACCUGAGCGCAGGUGCCUGUCAGUGGCGGGGUUGCUUGUGCCCACGCUGUCCUUUCUCGCGGCCCUGGCUACUGAGCGUCGGCCUGAGCCCUCUAGGGUGUUGUCUGCUAUUUUGAGCUUGAGCUUUGGGCAGGAUGGGUGCUAGCGGUGGAUUAUUUUCCCUGGAUGCAGAUGCGGUUACUCAGUUAUCUUCCUCAACGUUGGGGUUCCCUCUUGGGCAGGUUCCAGUUCUCCAUACCUCGCUCAGCAUCUGAGC